AUGGCACAAAGCUUACGAUUGCACUUUGCAGCCAGAAGAAGCAAUACUUAUCCUUUGUCAGAAAACUCCGGAGAUGAUUUGGAUAGCAAUGCUCACAUGUGUUUUCAAAGACCAACACGGAUUUCAGCGUCUAAUGUUGUUCAGAUGAAGCUGACGCCUAGACCGACAGCACUAGCUCCGUUAAUAAAGGAAAACGUUAAAUCUCAGGAAAGAGCAUCUGUUCCUUCACCUGAAAAUGUUAAUAAAAAGAGCAGCUGUCUACAGAUUUCACUACAACCAACAAGGUACAGUGGAUGUCUUCAGUCGAGCAGUGUCUUAGCUGAUGGUGAUGAUGCUUCAUUUACUUCUGCCUUGAAGGAUGGCAUUUACAGUAGUGCUGUGGCUGAGAAUGAACUGAAUGUUGUGACUGAAGGUAACCUUUUAAGCAGUGCUGCCAUCUGCAGUGAUAGCCUUAGUAACUUUUUGACCAGUGAGAAUGGGUCUUAUAGUAGCAAUUGUAGUGAUUAUGGGUCAUGCACAAGUAUCACAAGUGGAGGUUCCUAUACCAACAGUAUCAUCAGUGACAGCAGCAGUUAUACCUCCCCACCAACUGAUGAUUGUUUUUUUGGUGGAAAUUUGUCUUCUGAUAACACUUCUACUGGAAGUGUGCCAAACAGGAAUAUUACUCCUUCUGAAUUUUUUUCGAGAAGUACAAGUACAGUUUCAUUUGUCCAGGAUGACUUGGAACAUGGACUGGAAAUUGUAAAAUUGCCAGUGAGCAGGAACUCAAAAAUUCCACUGAAACGUUGUUCAUCCUUAGUCAUUUUUCCUAGGAGUCCUUCAAGUACCCCACCAACUUCUCCAACAAGUACAGGUACUCUUACAAACAAAGGAUCGUAUCAAACCUCACACCAGUUUAUUAUUUCUCCUAGUGAAAUUGCCCACAGCGAAGAUGGUACUAAUGCUAAGGGAUUUCUUUCAACAGCUGUCAAUGGACUUCGGUUAUCUAAAACAACGUGUACUCUGGGAGAAGUAAGAGAUAUACGGCCGCUUCACAGAAAGGGCUCUUUCCAAAAGAAAAUUGUUAUUGCAAGCAAUAGUUCAAACCGGACUGUCUGUGAAAAGUCAUCUGAAGGCUAUUCUUGUGUUUCAGUGCAUUUCACCCAACAGAAAGCAACUACGUUAGAUUGUGAAACAGCAAAUGGUGAUUGUAAACCAGAGAUGUCAGAAGCUAAGUUUAAUUCAAAAUCAGAGUAUGUUAAACAUGUGCAUAGGACAUCUGCAUGUUUACCAUCUUCCCCAAAUAUAGAUUACCAAAUAAAUAUCACUGGACAGUUGGAGAGACCAAAUUCACAGAUAAACAAAAGCCAUGCUGUUUUACAAAGAAGUAUUUCAUUGGGAGGCACUUACCCGAAUGUUUCCUGUUUAUCCAGCCUUAAACACAAUUGUUCUAAGGGGGGACCAUCUCAAUUACUCAUAAAGUUUGCAUCUGGAAAAGAAGGUACAGUUGAUAACUUACCAAAAGACAACAACAGGGAUAUCACAAAUAAACUAUCUAAUUGUCUGAAGCAUUCUUGUAAGAAGACAAGAGAUGAUUUCCUAGGUCAAGUGGAUGUUCCUCUUUAUCCAUUACCGACAGAAAAUCCAAGAAUGGAGAGACCAUAUACUUUCAAGGAUUUUGUUCUUCAUCCAAGAAGUCACAAAUCAAGAGUUAAAGGUUAUCUAAGAUUAAAAAUGACUUAUCUACCUAAGACCAGUGGCUCAGAAGAAGAUAACACAGAACAGGCUGAGGAACUAGAGCCUGGCUGGGUUGUUUUGGACCAACCAGAUGCUGCUUGCCAUUUGCAACAGCAGCAAGAACCUUCUCCUCUACCUCCAGGAUGGGAAGAGAGGCAGGAUAUUCUUGGAAGGACCUACUAUGUAAACCAUGAAUCUAGAAGAACACAGUGGAAAAGACCAACCCCUCAGGACAACCUAACAGAUGUCGAGAAUGGUAACAUUCAGUUGCAAGCACAACGUGCAUUUACCACCAGGCGACAGAUAUCUGAGGAAACAGAAAGUACUGACAACCGAGAGUCUUCUGAGAACUGGGAAAUUAUAAGAGAAGAUGAAGCUACCAUGUUUAAUACUCAGGCCUUCCCACCACCUCUACCAUCAAAUAACUUGGAUGUUCAGACUUAUCUUACAGAUGAAUUAAAUGCCAGACUCACUAUUUUUGGAAAUCCAGCCACCGGCCAACCAGUAUCCAGCUCAAAUCAUUCCAGCAGGAGAGGCAGCUUAUUAGCCUAUACGUUUGAAGAACAGCCUACACUUCCUGUGCUUUUGCCUACUUCAUCUGGAUUACCACCAGGUUGGGAAGAAAAACAAGAUGAAAGAGGAAGAUCAUAUUAUGUAGAUCACAAUUCCAGAACCACUACCUGGACAAAGCCCACUGUACAGACUGUGAUGGAGACCAACCCACUACCAUCAAACCAGAGCUCUUCUGCCUGCCAUCAACCACAGGGCUCCACAAAAGACUCAUCACAGCUGGUGGCCCAAGCAGCGGAAGUGGAGCAAGGCUUCCUUCCUCGAGGUUGGGAAGUCCGGCAUGCUCCAAAUGGGAGGCCUUUCUUUAUUGACCACAAUACCAAAACCACCACCUGGGAAGAUCCAAGACUAAAAAUUCCAGCUCACCUGAGAAGAAAGCCAUCAGUUGAUUCUUCCAAUGAUCUAGGGCCACUACCUCCAGGGUGGGAAGAGAGAACUCACACAGAUGGAAGAAUCUUCUACAUAAACCACAAUAUAAAAAGAACACAAUGGGAAGAUCCUCGGUUGCAGAAUGUUGCAAUAACUGGACCAGCAGUGCCCUACUCCAGGGAUUACAAAAGAAAGUAUGAGUUCUUCCGAAGAAAGUUGAAGAAACAGAAUGACAUUCCAAACAAAUUUGAAAUGAAACUUCGCCGUGCAACUGUCCUUGAGGAUUCUUACAGGAGAAUCAUGGGGGUCAAGAGAGCAGACUUCCUUAAGGCUCGACUAUGGAUUGAGUUUGAUGGUGAAAAAGGAUUAGAUUAUGGAGGAGUCGCCAGAGAAUGGUUCUUCCUCAUCUCAAAGGAAAUGUUUAACCCUUAUUAUGGGUUGUUUGAAUAUUCUGCCACGGAUAAUUAUACUCUACAGAUAAAUCCAAACUCUGGAUUAUGUAAUGAAGAUCAUCUCUCUUAUUUCAAGUUUAUUGGCCGGGUAGCUGGCAUGGCAGUUUAUCAUGGCAAACUGUUGGAUGGUUUUUUCAUCCGCCCUUUUUACAAGAUGAUGCUGCACAAACCAAUAACACUUCAUGAUAUGGAAUCAGUGGAUAGUGAAUAUUAUAAUUCAUUAAGAUGGAUUCUUGAAAAUGAUCCAACAGAAUUGGACCUCAGGUUUGUCAUAGAUGAAGAGCUUUUUGGACAGACACACCAACAUGAGUUAAAAAACAGUGGAUCAGAAAUAGUUGUCACCAAUAAGAACAAAAAGGAAUAUAUUUAUCUUGUCAUACAAUGGCGAUUUGUAAAUCGAGUCCAGAAACAAAUGGCUGCUUUUAAAGAGGGAUUUUUUGAACUAAUACCACAAGAUCUCAUCAAAAUUUUUGAUGAAAAUGAACUGGAGCUUCUCAUGUGUGGAUUGGGAGAUGUUGAUGUGAAUGACUGGCGUGAACACACAAAGUAUAAAAAUGGCUACAGUGUAAAUCAUCAAGUCAUACAGUGGUUUUGGAAGGCUGUUUUAAUGAUGGAUUCAGAGAAAAGAAUAAGAUUACUUCAGUUUGUCACUGGCACAUCCCGGGUGCCUAUGAAUGGUUUUGCUGAAUUGUAUGGUUCAAAUGGACCCCAGUCAUUUACAGUUGAACAGUGGGGUACCCCUGAAAAGCUGCCAAGAGCUCAUACAUGCUUUAAUCGCUUGGACUUGCCACCCUAUGAAUCAUUUGAAGAAUUAUGGGAUAAACUUCAGAUAGCAAUUGAGAACACUCAGGGUUUUGAUGGGGUUGAUUAGAUUAAAAUAUUGAUCCAUUUGUUUUACUGCCACUUUUUAUAAGCAAAAUACUUAAAACUUUCCAAGGAACUACUAAACUUGGCCAUUGCUUCUUCCCAGAAGAUCAUAUAAAGGCAUUGGAAGAAACAGCAUGACAAUUUCACCAUUACGUCAUCCACUUUUAAAUAAUGUGUUGCAUUGCAUUUACACAGUUGAUUAAUUCUGUCUUUAGAGUUCAUACUACAGGAUUUAAGUCCUGUGUGCUUGAAAUAGUAGGUUAUGUCCUUAACAAUUACCUCUUUUUACAGUACUUGCCAGGCAGUUUUUUCUUAAACUACUGAAAUUAUAACUGUGAAAUAUUUGUCACAAGUGUCAUGUGUGAAAAGUGUGAUGCUUUUUGAAAAAGAAAACUAAAAUUUGGAAGAGAAACCUUUAAUGUUGAGCAAUUUACACUAUUUUUAGUGCUGCCUGCAGCUAUUUACUUUCUAGACCUGCCUUAUGCACCUUACACCCAGAUUUUUUGGAAGAACCUUGGAAAGUGUUUUACCUAUAUUUUAAGUUAACUAGCUCACUUGCAAACACUUGUUUACGUCAUUUUAAAAGUAUUGGACUUUUCUUACUAUGUAGUUUUGCUAAACAAGGUGGUUUAUAGAUAUGCGAAGCAAAUUCAGAUUUGCAAAAGUGAGAAGAAUUAACGACUUCCUCUUGCCAGUGGAUCCUUAUGGUUCAUUGGUAUUGCCAUCAUUCAUGAUUAGUUUAGUUAAAAAAUUUUUCCUUCAAAUAUUAAACUAAAUCUCCACAAAGCAGUGUUUCUAAAUAUGCCUUGAAGGACUAAGUUAAAUGUACAGUACAUGCCUUUAUAGUCAUUCUUUACACUCGCACAAAUUAGUAGUAAGUAUAUGUUUACGGGACUUACUAUGUUUACAGAUCAAGUUAAUUUCUGUAGUUGCAUUUUUAUAUUUUUAGUAUUUCACUUUAGUCAGAAAACCAAAUAAUUUGUUAAA